CCAAGUCAGGUUGGUGGCAUGGCAGAACCUUUUACGGUUUGCUUUCUUGGAAACAGUAAUAACUUGAUACCACUUUUCUUCACCCAUUUAUCUUCCAACUCUUGUUCUUUUCUUCAGCUCCACAACAAUAUUAUAAUACAUGCUGUAGCUUCUGCCCUGCGGCAAAACCCAUUCCCCGGUUCGGUGUUUUCUUUGGAAUCCCAAUCACCCAUUUUACCGUUUACUCACAUGCUUCAACAGGCAAUGUAAACAUGAGUGUUUGCUUUCCUUUUAGUCAGUCUUCAAUAAGUGCUGUUGUCGUGAAGGGUCGUACUCACCUGUUGAUGAGCAGUAACAUCUGUGGUCUUUGGUCCCAAGGAAAAUCCAGUUUAUAUUCUUCCAGUUUGUGCCCUUCGCAGUUGCAGAUAAAUCAUGUUGGUCUUUCUUGUUGCGCAAGAUCUUCUAUGGGCCAAACAAUAAGAGGUUACAUUGGAUCAUGCUGCUCCAAGCAAAGGGGCAACCUUCAAAUUUGUAGUUCUAUAGCACCUCGGAAGAGACAUCAUGAAAUUUCAUUGGCAUGCCAAAGUUUGAAUAUGAGGCUUUUGGUACCUAACCAAAAGAAGCUUCCCAAAGUUAAGUGUAAUGUGGGACCAGUAUCUUGGCCACGUGGAUGUGCAUCAGUUGGCUUGAUACUUGGAUUACUUGUAUGCAAUUUAAGCUCUGAACCUGUAUAUGCUGACACAGAUCCUGAAAAUGGAAAGAGAAAUGACCAAAAUGUGUGCGAAUCAAAUGUAGCGAUGUCGCAUGGGAAGAAAGUCUACACUGACUAUUCUGUGACUGGAAUACCUGGGGAUGGAAGAUGUUUAUUUCGCUCGGUUGCUCAUGGGGCUUGCUUGAGGUCUGGAAAACCUCCUCCUAGUGAAAGCCAUCAGAGACAAUUGGCAGAUGAAUUACGCUCCAAAGUUGCUGAUGAGUUUAUCAAAAGAAGGGAAGAGACAGAGUGGUUUAUUGAAGGUGAUUUUGAUACUUAUAUUUCACAAAUAAGGAAGCCUCAUGUUUGGGGAGGUGAGCCUGAAUUGUUCAUUGCUUCACAUGUAUUGAAGAUGCCAAUCACAGUGUACAUGUAUGAUAGGGAUGCUGGUGGCUUGAUAUCAAUUGCUGAGUAUGGCCAGGAGUAUGGCAAGGAGAAUCCAAUUAGAGUUCUCUACCAUGGAUUUGGUCAUUAUGAUGCACUGGAGAUCCCUAGAAGGAAGGGUCCUAAACCAAGGCUGUAAGAUUUUAUAUGAGAUGUAAAAGAGAUUAUACCCAAUAUUCGUUUCCUUUAGUAACAUUAUAAUGACGGAUAAAUGGUAUAAACGGCCCCAGUGAAAUGCAAUAUGCACUUUAUGCUGAAUGCACAUAGCGGUUUAUGUUCUUAAGCUUUUGUGUUGAUUUGGGAAAAAUAAAAUGGGUCA